CUAUAAGUUCCGUAAUCUCACAAACAGCAAAAGUCAUAGGUGAAAGCAACUUCGUGGACGGAAAUCAAUGGGGUCAGGGGUCAGCAGGAAGUGGCUACAGGACUCUAGCUUAGAGGUCACUAAUGUGUCAUAAGAGGAUUGUGGGGGCGUUCCUAAAGAUAGUUUGACCUAGUCUUCUCGAUCGCAUCUGAGUUAGUGGGACCGUAAAGUGACCAGAACAUCUGGGGGAAAAUAAAAGGCGGAAAGCCGUAAGAAUCUACGGAGCCUCCCAGGGGGCAGCCAUAAUGGGAGGGAGCAGUGGCGCAUGCGCGGCAUCCGGGUUCUUGCGCUCGCGACUACGGCAGACGUGGCAAAAGGAGUGUCCCGCCCCGGAGCGUGGGGGAGGAACUUCCGGGUACGACGCUCCGGCCCUCUCGGAACCGGAAGUUGGGCCUGGGAGCCUUGACGUUAGGAACGGAGUCGAACCUGGAUCUGGAGCCGGGUGAGACCAAGUUGGGGAUGCACUCAUAAUGAACGUCAACCAGUCAGCUCCACCUGUGCCGCCAUUUGGGCAGCCCCAGCCUGUCUACACAGGGUAUCAUCAAUCCAGCUAUGGUGGGCAACCAGGGUCCACAGCCCCACCAACUCCCUAUGGCGCCUACAAUGGCCCAGUACCAGGCUAUCAGCAAACACCUCUCCCAGGUGUGUCAAGAGCCCCACCUUCUUCAGAGGCACCUCCAGCCUCAACAGCACAGGCCCCUUGUGGCCAGGCUGCAUAUGGCCAGUUUGGCCAAGGAGAUGUACAGAAUGGGCCAAGCUCCACUGUUCAGAUGCAGAGGUUUCCUGGGUCUCAGCCUUUUGGGUCAGUCCCACUGGCCCCUGUGGUCAGCCAGCCAACUGUGCUUCAGCCCUAUGGCCCUCCCCCGACAAGUGCACAGGUGACUGCUCAGCUGGCCGGAAUGCAGAUCGGUGGUGCUGUGGCCCCAGCCCUUCCCCCUGUGGGGCUGGGCUAUGGCCCACCAACAUCGCUGGCCUCAGCCUCAGGAAGUUUCCCCAACUCUGGUCUGUAUGGCUCCUAUCCUCAGGGCCAGGCUCCCCCUCUUAGCCAGGCCCAGGGUCAUCUUGGGGCCCAGCCUCCCCAGCGAUCUGCCCCACCACAGGCUUCCGGCUUCACAUCUCCAGCAUCAGGGGGUCCUCGGAUGCCUUCAAUGACCGGUCCGCUCCUGCCUGGACAGGGUUUUGGGGGGCCCUCUGUGAGCCAGCCCAACCAUGUGUCCUCACCUCCUCCUCAAGCUCUGCCUCCUGGCACCCAAAUGACUGGGCCCCCAGGACCACCACCACCUAUGCACUCCUCCCAGCAGCCAGGCUAUCAGCUGCAACAAAAUGGUUCCUUUGGACCAGUCCGGGGCCCUCAGCCCAAUUAUGGAAGUCCCUACCCAGGAGCACCCACCUUUGGCAGUCAGCCUGGACCUCCUCAACCCCUGCCUCCUAAGCGCCUGGAUCCUGAUGCCAUCCCAAGCCCUAUUCAGGUUAUUGAGGAUGACAGGAACAACCGGGGUUCAGAGCCAUUUGUUACUGGAGUACGGGGACAGGUGCCACCCUUAGUCACCACCAACUUCCUGGUGAAAGACCAAGGGAAUGCAAGUCCCCGAUACAUCCGAUGCACAUCCUAUAAUAUCCCUUGCACAUCUGACAUGGCUAAGCAGGCUCAGGUGCCCCUGGCAGCUGUCAUCAAGCCACUGGCAAGGCUGCCUCCAGAGGAGGCUUCACCGUAUGUCGUGGACCAUGGGGAAUCUGGCCCUUUGCGCUGCAAUCGCUGCAAAGCAUAUAUGUGUCCCUUCAUGCAGUUCGUUGAGGGAGGGAGGCGCUUCCAGUGCUGCUUUUGCAGUUGUAUCAAUGAUGUUCCCCCCCAGUAUUUUCAACAUCUGGAUCAUACUGGCAAACGUGUGGAUGCCUAUGACCGUCCGGAGUUAUCCCUGGGCUCGUAUGAAUUCUUGGCCACUGUAGAUUACUGCAAGAACAAUAAGUUCCCCAGCCCUCCUGCCUUCAUCUUCAUGAUUGAUGUCUCCUACAAUGCCAUCAGGAGUGGUCUUGUUAGGCUCCUCUGUGAGGAGCUCAAGUCACUGUUAGACUUUCUACCUAGGGAGGGCGGAGCAGAAGAGUCAGCAAUCCGUGUUGGCUUUGUCACCUAUAAUAAGGUGCUCCACUUCUACAAUGUGAAGAGCUCCUUGGCCCAGCCACAGAUGAUGGUUGUAUCUGAUGUGGCCGACAUGUUUGUGCCACUGCUGGAUGGCUUCCUUGUCAAUGUCAGUGAGUCUCGGGCAGUCAUCACCAGCUUAUUGGAUCAGAUUCCUGAAAUGUUUGCAGACACGAGGGAGACAGAGACAGUAUUUGCCCCAGUUAUCCAGGCUGGGAUGGAGGCUCUAAAGGCUGCUGAGUGUGCAGGGAAGCUGUUUCUGUUCCAUACCUCCCUGCCCAUUGCAGAGGCCCCAGGGAAACUGAAGAACAGAGACGACAGGAAGUUGAUCAACACAGACAAGGAGAAGACUCUGUUCCAGCCUCAGACAGGUGCCUAUCAGACCCUGGCCAAAGAGUGUGUGGCCCAAGGCUGCUGUGUAGAUCUCUUCCUCUUCCCUAACCAGUAUGUGGAUGUGGCCACACUCUCUGUUGUACCCCAGCUCACUGGUGGCUCUGUCUACAAAUAUGCUUGCUUUCAGGUGGAGAAUGACCAGGAACGGUUCCUGAGUGACCUGCGUCGGGAUGUCCAGAAGGUUGUUGGCUUUGAUGCUGUGAUGCGCGUUCGGACAAGCACCGGUAUCCGUGCUGUAGAUUUCUUCGGGGCUUUCUACAUGAGCAACACAACAGAUGUGGAGCUGGCUGGGCUGGAUGGGGACAAGACAGUGACUGUGGAGUUCAAGCAUGACGAUCGGCUCAAUGAGGAGAGUGGAGCCCUCCUGCAGUGUGCCCUGCUCUACACCAGCUGUGCAGGGCAGCGACGGCUCCGCAUCCACAAUCUGGCCCUGAACUGCUGCACCCAGCUGGCUGAUCUGUAUCGAAACUGUGAGACUGACACGCUCAUCAACUACAUGGCCAAGUUUGCAUACCGGGGGGUGCUCAAUAGCCCCGUGAAGACUGUCCGUGAUACUCUCAUCACUCAGUGCGCCCAGAUCCUGGCCUGUUACAGAAAGAACUGUGCCAGCCCCUCCUCUGCAGGACAGUUGAUCCUUCCUGAGUGCAUGAAGCUACUCCCAGUUUACCUGAACUGUGUGUUGAAGAGUGACGUCUUGCAACCUGGAGCUGAAGUUACUACUGAUGACCGUGCCUAUGUCCGACAGCUGGUUACUUCCAUGGAUGUGGCUGAGACCAAUGUCUUCUUUUAUCCUCGGCUUCUACCAUUGACAAAGUCUCCCAUUGAGAGUGCCACUGAACCACCAGCAGUUCGAGCAUCUGAAGAACGUCUAAGCAAUGGGGAUAUAUAUUUGCUGGAGAAUGGGCUCAACCUUUUCCUGUGGGUGGGAGCAAGUGUCCAACAGGGUGUUGUCCAGAGCCUCUUCAGUGUCUCCUCCUUCAGUCAGAUCACCAGUGGCUUGAGUGUUCUGCCGGUUCUGGAUAAUCCGCUGUCCAAGAAGGUGCGAGGCCUCAUUGAUGGCUUAAGGGCACAGAGAUCACGGUACAUGAAGCUUAUCGUGGUGAAACAGGAGGACAAGCUGGAGAUGCUGUUCAAGCACUUCCUGGUGGAAGACAAGAGCUUGAGCGGGGGAGCAUCCUAUGUGGACUUUCUGUGUCAUAUGCACAAGGAAAUUCGGCAGCUACUGAGCUAGAGCAAGUGGGUAAAUGGCAUAGGGUGCCAGGCCAGCUUCCAGAAAGUACCCCAGGAUGGCAGAGAAAUUGGAACAGUUCCAUAUCUAAGUCGUUAGCUGACCUCAGUCUCUUUGGGGGGAGGGGGAGGUACAAGGAGACACCUUUCUGGGAUCAAGUAUCCUACCACUCUGUCAUGUCCUGCUGAUGAAAGGUGCCCCUAUCCCCUCACAUUACCCUCCUUUUCCUGCUAAUCCUGUCGUAAUGAAUGUAGUUUCUCAGUUCACUGUAUAUGAUUCGGUGUUGGGGGAUUUGGAGGCACCCAGACUCUGGCAAUAUUAUGUGUCCCCUUGGACCAGCCUCCAAGAAGAGAGGGGCAGGCAGGAAGGAGUGGGAAUCCCAGGGUUACCAUGGGGGAGAGGGGCUAAUUCAGCUCAGUGUCAUCAACAACUUCCUAUAUUAGGGAUAAAACAUACAGGUGCACAAGAGCUGGGGUAUAGACCAUAGAUGGUGGAGAGAGAAGUGGUUGGUCAGUCCUUCUUGGGCCUGGAAGUCAGCAACCAAGUCAAAGUUAGGGAGAGUGGUUGAUUAGCUUUUCUCUCUCCUGCAAUGAUCAGUGAUCACUCAAUGCAUAGAGGCACAUUAUCAGAGAUGAAUGAGCCUGGGAAAUGAGUUGCAAAGAAUAUUAGGACCUGGGAGAGGUACCAGCCUCUUUUCCAGCUGGAGAGGCUCCAACACUGGAUGGUUGUGUAGGGAGCCUGGUCAUCAACUUGCAAUACCUCACAGAGCCAGCCCCUAUCCCACUCUGAGCUCCCACUGGAAACACUGCUUCUCCAAGGUGGGAGUUGUUGGGGAGAGAGGCAGAGGCGGCUGGAGCUCUGUUCUCUCCUGCCGGGACACCACUCGAGCUUUGGUAUUGACAGAGUGGCUGACAAGUUAUCUUCCAACCUGAACUGGCUGGGGCAGGACAAGGGCUAGGCUUGAUGGUGGCCAGGCUUGUCUGCUCCCAGCCUGGGAUUCCCCUGCUCUGGACCUCUCAUUUAUCUUCAUUGGUUUAUUUUUCAAUGCAUCUUUAAUUUGUAAAGAAAUAAAAUAAGAUGUAACAA